AACGGCAAGAUGAACGGAAAGAAACGAAGAGGACUGUUAGUUAUGGAAUUUGGUCUCGCAGUACUUUUAUUUCUUAUCAGUGCUGAAGUGUGUUUACUUGUCGAAGCUUCAGAAUGUAGAACAACAACAUCCUUUGAAAACCUGCAAACGAAUAAGGCUUUGUUAAACCAUGUAAUUGAAGAACUAACGCUAUCCAGUGACCAGAUGUGUCGCAUCAAUUGCUACCUUAACAAUGACUGCGUGUCGUACAACCUUGGUCCUUCACCAACACCUGAAAUGAUGGUCUGUCAACUGAACGACGCUGAUCGUUACCAAUACCCACAGGAUUACCAGGAAAGACCAGGAUACUCGUACAGAGGAACAGAGAAUAAAUGUGCUAACCAUCCCUGCUUAAGUACCAACCAAACCUGUCAAUCAGGAUUUGGUGCUGAAGGAUACAGAUGUCUUUGUCCAAAAGGAUUCACUGGGAAUCAAUGUGAAAUAGAUAUUGACGAGUGCACAUCUGGUCUUCAUUAUUGCUCUGUAAACGCCACAUGCAACAACACAAUUGGCUCAUUCCAAUGUGUCUGCCUUCCCGGCUUUGAAGGGGAUGGUAUCACUUGCAAAGAUAUUGACGAAUGCUCAAAGGCGCUCCAUAACUGUUCUUCUAAGGCCGUCUGCAACAAUACACGUGGUUCGUUCGAAUGUGUUUGCCAAGUUGGAUAUCAAGGUGACGGCGUGCAUUGCACUGAUGCGGAUGAGUGUUCAUCUGGCCUUCACGAAUGCUCACCUAACGCUACGUGCCACAACGACCAAGGCAGUUAUCACUGUGUCUGCCAUGCUGGUUUCCAAGGUAACGRCAGAAAAUGCAUAGAUAUUGACGAGUGCACAACUGGUCUUCAUAAUUGCUCUGCAAACGCCACAUGCAACAACACAAUUGGCUCAUUCCAAUGUGUCUGCCUUCCCGGGUUUGAAGGCGAUGGCGUCACAUGCAUAGAAAACUGGAUUAAAGCAAACUAUAAUACAAGUGAGGUGUGUUUUGGAACACGAGGGGACUCGUUUGGUGUAUUUGCAGUUCCUUAUGCUGGGGAAAUAAAAAAGAUCAAACUUGUGUAUGUCUCUGGAGGUGUAGCGUGGGGCGGAGGAUCGUCGUAUGAAGGAAAUUGGGGCGACAAAGACUCUAAAGAGUUUGAAAUUCACAUCACAAAUAUUUCUAACCAGCGAUUAGCUCCGCCCGCGGACUACCCUCUAACUUAUAAAUCCGGUUUGCGAUAUCAAUUGCCAGGUCAGAACUUUAUGGACCCACAAAUGAUAUUUCCAGAUUUUUCUCCGUUCUUGCGCGUGCAUAAUGGUCAGGUUUUCAGGGUUUGGUAUGGACAAGAUUUGGUUAAUUUCAGUGAAGAUAACAAUAGUGGACAAACAUGUUCACAUGUGUAUGUAGUGUAUGGUAGGUACGAAACGUAACGACAUGCAAUAAGGAGAAUGUUUUCAGAACGCCGUGGACGCGAGAAUAUCGUGAUCUGGCACACCCACUUUUUAUUUCACUCUGCCGCCUACGUUAUUAUUAUCAUAGGAGGGAUGUAAAAGAACCACUGAGGAUGUAAAGAAACCCUGGCAGUGACCACCCUCAGUGUCUGCACCUCAUACUAACCAAGAUCCUCUUGGUUAAGAGCACCUUCAAUUAUAUAAUUAUAUAAUAUAUUAUUCUUCGAUUGCACGUUACGUCAUCGCGGCCAUGUUAGUGCCAUUUAACAAAAGAUUUUUCAUUAGCAUCCAUCGUUAACGGCACUACAAUGGCCGCCAUGCUUUUGUCUUUUGACAGUCUCUUGGGAAUGCUUGCAACCCAUCAAUAGAGUGUACGUAGUGUAUCCGUGAAACAAAACCAGAUGUAUUGCAUAAUUGCAGAGAUUUUGAUGUUAUUUGGUACAAAAUACUUGAUAUUAGAGUGCAUACCAUUUAAUGACACGUGGUCUGAAAUGGGAAAACAUUUCACCAAUACAAAUAUGAUCUAUUACUUGUUUUGAUAAAUUUAGCUUGUAUGAUAAACAAGACUGUGCUAGAAAAUAAAGACUUCA